AUGGACUACCAAAGAAAUCUACCAACACCCAAUAUCUCAACAAAUGACGUUUAUUAUAAACGUCAAUUGUCUUUUUAUUCCUUCAACAUUCAUAGACUAUCUGAUGCCGACUCUGUGUUUUACACGUAUCCACAAGAAAUUGCAAAGAAAGGAUCAAACGAGGUAUGUUCCUUUGUGCAAGACUAUGUUACUCAUCAUCUUCCACAAAACAUCAAACAUUUAAAUAUUUUUUGCGAUUCUUGUGGUGGACAAAAUAAGAAUUUUACAACUUUUCGAUAUUUCCAUUACUUGGUUCACCGUUCAAACAGAUUUGAGAGUAUUAGAGUUACGUUUCCAGUUAGAGGACAUUCUUACAUGGAAUGCGAUAAGAAUAUGGGAUUAAUCAAUACAAAAACUAGAGUUGAAUUACCUAAAGAUUGGGUACAGGUCUUCAAGACAGCUCGAGUUAAACCAUCCCCUUUCAAAAUCGAAGAAGUGGAGAAUCAUGAUGUAAGAGACUGGAGUGCAUUUCUAAAUCCACUGUACGUUAAAAAAUGCCCAUUCCAAUCCAGACCAAUUAAAGAGUUAGAAAUCAGGAAAGAACAUCCAAGAAUGCUCUUUUAUAGAGAAACGUACAAUGGAAUGUGGAUUUCUUCUAUUAUUACCCAGACAAGACGAAAACAGCUUCGUGGACCUCCACUGGCAGACAAUGAAUUUUAUUAUCCACCAAGAGCAUAUCUUGAAAAAAUACCGCUUACAAGAGAUAAAUACGAUAAUUUGCAAGAAUUGAAAAGGUUUUGUGAUGUAAGCACUUUUUCUUACUACGAAAAUCUUCCGAAAUUGCCAAAAACAAAGAAGAAAAACAAUAAGAAAUAA